UUUGCUUGAAAGAUACAGCCACUGUCUUUACUACUUUUCAUUCGGGCUGUUUAGCUACUUUCCUUCCAGCAUUCUUCGAGAAACCUGUAUGUGAUAUAUUGUGAGCAAGGUCAUACUGGAAAGCUGUCUAUUGCAUAAUAUUAUUGAACAGAGUACAGCUCGCAAUGUUCUCUUUGGUGUUUCCUUCCAACCAUAAUCCGAAGAUUGACAUUUUGUGGAUUUGAACUUCAUUGAGCAACUGCAUCAGGAUGUGGGGUCAGGGCUACUACCGAGGACGUUCACGGGAUCAGCAAGGAAGAAGCAACAAUGCGAAUGAGUCAGAGCUGAACCAGGGAGCUCCACAGCCACGUGGCCCAGCCAGCCAACGAAGUGGUCCGGAGUGGAAAGAGGACGAACAGAGCUGGCUCCGUCAACAGCAGCAGCAGCAGCAGGCAAGGGUUUCUGAUCAACACUCCGCACACCGUUAUCCCCAGCAAACCGAGCAGUAUGCUCAUGACCCUGGCUAUAAGCGAGCAGCUGCACCUCCGGCGAGCAAGUCUGAUGCAAUCUCAGCGCCCCGUGCUCGGCAACAGCCACCUGGGCAUACACCACGAGCAGUGCGUUCCACACCCUUAGAAGCUGGCCAGCAUGAGUCCGUGCAGUAUGCUCCUCGUUCUCCGCAAGUUGCUUACUCUGGUGAAGGGCCCCAGUCCGGCUCUCAUCACCGGCAGCCUGCUUCACCAAGCAAUGCGAGACAAGAUUCAUCACACGAGACAAACCCAGCGCAGGAGCACCCAAGACCAAACAGAACUCUCCUUAGCGCUACAUCUAUCCCGAAGCGAACACUUCUGACUGAACCGCGUAGCUCGGCUCCUGCUGGUCGUGGCGCUCCUCGGGAAUCUCAGAAGCAAGCAAGUCAGCCUGACCGUUCUUCCGGGCCAGUUCGUGAUCUCUCGUCCAAUGCCCAGCCGAGGCGUACUGAUGUUCCGCCUAGGAAUCAGGCUGCUCAAUGGCAAGACUAUGCAGAUGCACCUCACCAGUCACAGCGAUCGGCCUCAGGCCCUGCGCUUGAUGAUAGAAGUAGAAGCAGGCCAUCAUCCGGCACGCACCAAUCCUCUGUGCAGCUCCAUGGAGUUGGUGGGGAACCGGGAUGGAACUCUGCUGAUGUCAAGACUGACAGACAAACUGACACUAGCCAUCAGCAACAACAGCUGCUGCAAGCUGUUCCACAACAGCAACCAAAGCCACAUCCAGGACGCGAGCAUCACCAGCAGAGAGAUGAACCACAGCAUCGUCCACAACAACAAAGACAUCACCAAGGUCGGUUGAAUCAAGACGAGCAGCAUCCACAUUGGCAGCAGCAGCGUCAACAGACCCAGCCUUCAGAUUCUGAUAGGCACGUGCCUGCACAAGGAAGAAGUACCGAUUAUAAUGGUAGACAUCAGCAACAACAGCAGCCCAAAGCUGUUUCACAACAGGCCGUAGUACCUCCAACCCAGCAGCCGCAAAAACAACAGCCAAAACCGCAUCUUGGGCGUGAGCAUCACCAGCAGAGAGACGAACCACAGCAUCGUCUACAACAACAGAGCCAUCACCAAGAUCGGUUGAAUCAAGACGAGCAGCAUCCACAUUGGCAGCAGCAGCGUCAACAGACCCAGCUUUCAGAUUCUGAUAAGCACGUGCCUUCGCCAAGAAAAAGUACCGACUAUGAUGGUAGACAUCAGCAACAACAGCAGCCCAAAGCUGUUUCACAACAGGCCGUAGUACCUUCGACCCAUCAACCGCAAAAACAACAGCCAAAACCGCAUCUUGGGCGUGAGCAUCACCAGCAGAGAGACGAACCACAGCAUCGUCCACAACAACAGAGCCAUCACCAAGAUCGGUUGAAUCAAGACGAGCAGCAUCCACAUUGGCAGCAGCAGCAGCAGCGUCAACAGACCCAGCCUUCAGAUUCUGAUAAGCACCUGCCUGCACCAAGAAGAAGUACCGACUAUGAUAGUCACUCACGCAGCUAUGCCAGAAGUGAUGAGCCUGGGCAAUCGGGACACUCGUACUCCAGACAGGAGCAGCAACAGCAGCUUCGUACAUAUCCUGAGAGCACGCACACAUCUGGCGAAGCACAUGCUGCACAAGGCGAGUCUGACCACCAUGCGUAUGACAGGUUGAAGGGGCGAUCAGCAGUACCACCAGCGGUAACAGCACAGCAUAGCCAGCAUCCAUCUGAGCGCGCACAUCCACCAGACCUUCCAAGUAGGACUGCCCAAGACAAUGUUGCUUCGACUGGCAGUGAUGGUAUUGCGUGGCGCAGGGGAGACACUGGUAGCAAGGAGAGUGCUACUUCAACUGGCAAUGAUGGUAUUGCGUGGCGCAGGGGAGACACUGGUAGCAAGGAGAGUGCUGCUUCAACUGGCAGUGAUGAUAUUGCAUGGUCACUUGCUAGACCUAUUCGCGACGGCGCUGGGGAUAAUUGGCAAGCGAAAGGGCAAGUUGAUGAACGUAGUGAUGUUGCUGCUGCUCCCGAGACCUGGCAACGCAAUCACAACUCUGUUCAACAAUACUCGUCAGAAUCGGACAGGAAGUCUGCUUUCAGAAGCCGCCCUGUGGAAGAUGAUUUGCCUCGGGCAGUCAGUUACCGACAUGACUCCCACAAGCGUGACGUAUCUGCACAAUCUUCCUUUCCAGCUGAUAAUCGCCACUACAAGCAUGGGCCAGUUGAUCGUCACCAAGCGUACAAUGAACCAGCUGCUGGUGGCAAAAGUCAUCCUGUGCCCACGGAGGAUCUGAAUCGUGCGGAACAACCAGCGGGGUCGGUGAGUCGUGUAGGGUAUGCUUCACAAUCUGUGGACACUGCUCGGGUGCAUUCACAAAUUUCUCCAGGUGAUGAGCGGAGAAGCAGGACUGGUCCUCGUGUACCAGAAUCUGAGCAAGAGCAAACGCAUCACAUCCCUGGGUAUAGAUCUCCUACAGACGACAGGUACUCAGGAGCUGACCCACACACUGCUGAUAGUGUGACUUUCAGAAGCCGCCCUGUGCAAGAUGAUUUGCCUCAGGCAGUCAGUUACCGACAUGACUCUCACGAGCGUGACGUAUCUGCACAAUCUUCCUUUCCUGCUGAUGAUCGCCACUACAAGCAUGUGCCAGUUGAUCGUCACCAAGCGUACAAUGAACCAGCUGCUGGUGGCAAAAGUCAUCCUGUGUCCAAGGAGGAUCUGAAUCGUGCGGAACAACCAGCGGGGUCGGUGAGUCGUGUAAGGUAUGCUUCUGAAUCUGUUGACACUGCUCGGGUGCAUUCACAAAUUUCUCCAGGUGAUGAGCGGAGAAGCAGGACUGGUCCUCGUGUACCAGAAUCUGAGCAAGAGCAAACGCAUCACAUCCCUGGUUAUCGAUCUCCUACAGACGACAGGUACUCAGGAGCUGACCCACUCACUGCUGAUAGCCUGCCUGAUGUGCGCUUUGCAGAGGAUAUGUAUGAACAGUCCUUGAGCCAGGCAUCGGCAGAUCGAGAAAGUGUGGCACAGUCACACAGCCAUGAGCACCUGCCUACGCGCACCCAAUCUGCUGCAGUGCACAGUACAGUAGACAGACCUGAACGCACUGUGGCUAGCUUACCGGAGGCUGAACUCAAAGUUCUGACUCGCAAGACUUUUGACUAUGGUCACUCGGUCCCGGUUGCAGGUGCAAAGGCACCUGCGGAUCAACAACCGUCGGACCCUGCUCCUCCCAAAGUGAAUGAUUCAUUUUUUGACCUGGGUGGGGAAAGCAAAUCACGGUCUGUUGAUACUGGUGAUCGUAGACAGAACAUGGAGCGAGUUUCUGGAUACACGGAGCAAGACGGCACGUCUCAUGAUGUGGACUCUUUGUUUGACCGAGAGAGACGACCGCCAGUGUCUAGUAGGCAACGUGUUGUUCCUAGCCAUACUGCUGAGUUGGGUUCUGCGGACGGUGCUGGCCGUCUGGCCAUGCUCGGUCGCCAGUGGCCGUUAAAGACCACUACUGCAACACUACGUCCUAAGCAACGGGAAGUUACCCCGGAGCGUGACUGGGGAAGACGCCUGUCUCCGGAAGACGACAGGAGUUAUGGGCCACCGGCGGUGCCAGAUGCUGCAUAUUCCCGUGACCGCUACGAUUCCCGUGUUUUGGGCAGGUCACCUGAGGAUCGUCUGCCUGGCAGACAUGAGGCUGAGUUUGAAGAUGAGGACCUUCUCGGAGAGCCACUCAAUGAGGAUUAUGAUGGAAGACCAUACUCGCCCCCAGAUGAGAGCGGUGGUCGAGCAUGGACUGCAUCUAGUGAAGCUCGUCAUGCAUCGUCACCUGAUCAGAAACAUUGGCAACAGCCAAAGCAGCAACGUGAUACAUGGGAGGGCUUUGGUUUUGGUGACAGUAGCAAGUCAGCUGAAGCCAGUGAAGACGCUGCCAUGAUGCAGAUAGCCAAGGCCUUGUUCCCAGAUGCUGCUGAAGCACUGGCUAAGGUUGGCAUGGAGAGCAAGCUGACGGAUCUGAUUGUCAGUGCAGCUGCUGCCAAUACUAGCACUACUGCAAAGGACAAGCCAAACCUUCCCCCGUGGCUUCGCGAGCAGCUCGGCACCAUGAUGGCCAAUAAACAAAAGCGAGAUGAAGACGCUUCGAAGACUGCCGCCAAGGGCGGAAAGUCCGCAAGGCAGGCUGGAAGUGAUACGGACUACUCUGACUCGGAGGAUGAAGAGCGGGGUGCAGAGUCUGACACCAGUGCAGCGGAAGUUCUUUCAUCGGAAGAAGAGAGUCCGCGUAGAGCGAAGAAGAAGCCUCGUAGUAAGAAGAAGAAAUCAUCUAAAGUGAAGAAGGCUCCUACUCAAGAGUCUUUGUUUGACCAGGUGCGGCGCAUGAUGACAAGUGUUUUGUUAGAUGCUACCGAGCAUGACAUUGAGAAAGUGGCGCGGGAUGCUAUGGAAGAGUAUCGUCUUCCCAAACGUCCACUGCUCAUUGGCUAUGAUGAGUCUAUCAGCUGCAGUGAGGAUGAGAGGGAGGACUUCGAUUUACAAGCUGGACCUGACACAACAGCAGCAGCAGCCGGUGGACCACCUGCCCGCUCAUCUCGGUGGGAUGCCCCUAUGCCGAAGAAGUCGGCAAAGCAGAAGCGCGCCGCAAAGCGCUCCUUUUCACGAAGCCGCUCUCGUUCUCCCAGUCCAGAACGGAAGCGCUCACGGCGGCGUUCUUAUUCACGAUCCUUGUCUCCUAAGCGUUCUCCUAGCCCACGGCGACGUCACCGAUCUCGAUCUCGCCCACCACCUAGAAGAAGACGGUCGCGGUCUCCGUCUUAUAGUACUCGAUCUUGGAGUAGGAGUAGGAGCAGGAGCCCACCACCAACCCACAGGAGCCCAUCACCAACCCACAGGAGCCCAUCACCAACCCACAGACGUUCCCGUGCACCUCCUCCACGGCAGCGUGCACCUCCACAGCAACGGCGUCAUCAUCAGCCUGUUGAGUACUACAAGACUAGUGGCUACGACUGGGCUAAACUUGUACGGGGCCGCAAUCGCUUCUAACGAUUUGUUUCUGAAUCGAGCGCUGCCGUUCCAUAUCUAUUCAUUCUUCCUCGGCUUCCAUACUUUAUUACGAUUUCCUACUUGCUUGGGAAGUCGCAACACUCCUUUGUGUAGCUACUGGCACUGCCGCGCAAUUUGACUUAUUUUCACUCUAAUCUGAUGGAGUCCCAACCACAUGUGCAUGGUAUAUGUUUUAAUAUACCUUUAAAAAGUGCUAUUCGUUUUUUUGCACUUUCUGAUAGCCCUGUGUUCUGUACUUUAUUUGUUUUACCUUGUGCUGAUAGGCUGUUUGAUAGUAAUGUCUGGCAUCUACACACAGACAUUGUAAUGCCUUUUUAAAUUAAGGAUAUUUAGUGCAAUUAUGGAUAUUUAGUGCACAGCUGAUCUCUGUUUGUGGGAUGACCCCAACUACAUGUCAUCCCAGUGUCCCUGGAUUAGAGCCCUCAAUUAUUGUGUCCUUUCAAAACAUCUGAACCCCGUAUCUACAACUCUGGCCCUCUCUUCCUCCUCUGUUUCUGCACACCUUAGACACGUCAUCUACUGGCGUUUGCUUGGCCACGGCACCUAUUCACAUGCAUCGUUGAAAUAUUUCCCUCUCCAUUCCAUGCGUCUAUCCUGAAAUGCAGGAUUAUCAUGGCGUUGCGUAAGCGAAACCAACACAACGCGA